AUGAGUCCCGUCAGCGACGUCGCCGACGGCGACACGGGGGACCUGUUCGCCGACCCGGAGGACUACUACCCGCCGACGCCGCCGCCGACGACGCAGACGCACACGCUGUCGUCGGGCCGCGUCCUCACCCUCCACCUCGUGGGCUACUCGCCGACCGAGGCGCACCACCUCUGGAACGGCAGCCGCGUCGUCUCGGACUACUUCGAAGCGGACCCGAGCCGCGUCCGGGGCCGGGCGGUGCUCGAGCUCGGCGCCGGCGCCGGCCUGCCGUCGCUGACGGCGGGGAUCCUGGGGGCGAGGCGCGUCGUGGUGUCGGACUUCCCCGACGCCGACAUCGUGCAGACGAUGCAGAAGAACGUCGACGAGGCCGGCGACCUCGAGGGCGUCGUCGUGCCGAGGGGGUACGUCUGGGGCGCCGACGUGGCGCCGCUGCUGGAGGUCCUCGCCGAGCCGGAGUUUACGACGACGACGACGACGACGACGACGACGACGACGACGACGACGACGACGACGACGACGACGACGACAACAGCAAGGAGGUUCGACGUGCUGGUGCUGGCGGACCUGCUGUUCCGCCACUCGGAGCACGGCAAGCUCGUUGACACGAUCUGGAACGCGCUGGCGCGGGAGAGGGGCGCCGUGGCGUACGUCUUCUUCACGUCGUACCGGCCGUGGCUGCGGCACAAGGACCUCGCUUUCUUCGACGCGGCGCGGGAGAGGGGGUUCCUGGUGGAGCAGGUGCUGGAGAGGAAGAUGGAGAAGCCGCUGUUCGAGGGGGACCCGGGCGACGUCGAGGUGCAGAAGACGGUGAGCGGCUUCGAGGUGCGGUGGCCCGAGGAGCUGCUAGAGGGCUGA